AUGUUUGGACUUAGCAACUCCGCGCUGAACCUCGCGGCCGAUCGAUUCCGACCAAUCCAGGCGUCAAAACCAACAAUCCUACCAUCUUUCUCCCCUGCAUUAUCUUCCAUUACUUUUCUCCUUCCCUUUCACCUUUCUCUUCCCUUUCACCUUUAUCUCUCUCUCUCUCUCUCUCUCUCUCUCUCUCUCUCUCCUCUCUUCCUCACUAUUUUUAUCUUAUCUCUCUAUUUUAUAUCCCUGUGUUUUCUUUUGAUGUUUUCUUCCUUUCUUUCUUUCUCUCUUUUUUUCCCGCUUAAAAAAUCUUCAUUUAUCUCUCUUAUUUUUCUUUCUUUCAUUUAUUCACGAUUUUCUCUCCUACACUUGAUGGAUUUAUUUUUGUUGUGGCGCCUGACGGCAAAAUCAUUUACAAUUUUUCUUUCACUAAAUUUUUCUUUUAUCGAUUUUGACCUCCCUGUCGUUCUUUCUUUCACAUUUCCAUCUUUCUCUCUCUCUCUCUCUCUCUCUCUAUCUAUCUAUCUAUCUAUCUAUCUAUCUAUCUAUCUGUUCGUAUCUAUCUAUCCGUCUGUCUAUUCGUAUCUCUCUGUUCAUAUCUAUCUAUCUACCUAUCUAUCUCAGAAAAAAGAGCGAGAAACAAAAACUAUCUAUCGAUUACAGUCUGUUCAUAUUUAUCUAUCUACCUAUAUAUGUAUCCCUACAUGUUCACAUCUAUCUAUCCCUACAUGUUCAUAUCUAUCUAUCUAUCUAUCUAUCUAUCUAUCUAUCCCAACAUGUUCAUAUCUAUCUAUCUAG